AUGACAUACGGAGCUGAAUGCUGGCCUCUCAAAAAGCAGCACGAAAACCAACUGCACUGCGCGGAGAUGAAGAUGCUCAGGUGGGCAGGUGGCGUGACUAGGCUGGACCAUGUCAGAAACACACACAUACGAGGAACCUUCAAAGUAAGACCUAUCCCAGAAAAACUACAGGAGAGCCGCCUGCGGUGGUACGGACACAUUAUGAGGCGACCAUCUGACCACAUGACCAGAAAAGUGCUUGAUAUUAAAACUAAGCCCCGAGGACGAGGAAGACCCCGAAUCACAUGGAUCGCUAUAGUAAAUAAGAACCUCAAACAAGCCCAAGUCACCAAAGAGAAGACCCAGGAUCGUGUUGUCUGGAGGCACAUGAUACGGAGGGCCGACCCCAAAUGA